AGGGGGUGUAUGGAGGGGGGGAGGGCCAGCAGUGGCCCUCUGGACUGGCCGUGAGUGCCAGACUGUGGCCCUGGGACAUGCCACCUACCACCUCGGUGCCAUCUUCAUCCUGGUCGACCACCUGCACCCACUACUCAACUCCCUGGCUCUGAUUCAAGAAUUAGUGUCCAAUAACUCCAUUAAUAUACAAAAAACAUUAUGUAUGUUGGUGAGUGUGGAUGCUAUGACUACUGAGAUGAGAUCUACACUGGAGGGCAGCAUCCCUGAGAUGCUGAAGAUUAUCCUUCUCAGCCUGGUCUAUCCUGCAUUAUCCUGGGAUAGUAGAGGGAUACCUGGAGGCAGCUGGGAUAGCCAGAGCAUCUGGGAUAAGAGGGAUAGCCAGAACAUCAGGUACUGGGAUAGGCAGUGCCAGACAGUGCCCCAGCAGUCAGGAAGUGCCCAGGUGAGUCUCCAGGUACCUGAGUACCCAGGGGAUGGCAGUGUCACCUUCAGGAGGGCCGGGAGCUGGAGCUGCACCUCAGGGCUCAUCCUUCAGGGACCACUAACACCUGCCCCUUCAAGUAACUUCAAGGGCAGGACCUUAAUUCUUACUGCUGUGAACAAACCCAGGGUCUUCGAAGUUCAGAGACCUCCAGGGACCCCCAAAGACCUCCAGGGACCCCCAGGGACCCUCAGGGACCUCCAGGGACCCCCAAGGGACCCCCAGCGGCCAGGGUCCCUCAAGAACGUGCAGGGAUACAUGGCAGAACUAGUCAGGGUCCUGGAGAUACAUCUCAACUUUUCCUCAGUCGUCACCACUACUAACGCUUUUGGGUGUCAGUCCCGCAAUGGUUCCUGGGAUGGCAUGAUAGGCCUCCUGGCUCGUAAGCAGGCAGACUUGGCCCCUCUGGACCUCUCACCAUCCUGGGACAGGACGCAGGUAAUAGACUUCAGUCAGUGGAUGGGAAUAGACAAUGUUAUUAUUCUAUCAAGAUCACCUCAUCCACUACGUCAACCCUUCCUUCUACUGCAAGUCUUCAGUCCAUGGGUGUGGCUGGCCAUAUUACUGACAGGUGUGGCCACAGGAAGUGUACUAUGGGCCAUGGACCACAUCGUCUGGAGUACACAAGCCCACAGGUUGAGUAAUGGACUGAAGACGCCAUAUAAGUUAUACGAGACUGCUGUUGUCUCUACUCUCAAACUGUUCGUUAUGCAAGGUAGUAAGUGGAGCUGCAGCUCCUGGUCUGGUAGACUGGCCUCCUGCUGGGUAUUCCUGGCUGUGGUAUCCCUAGUGUCACUUUACCAGGGCACUGUGGUAUCCUUCCUGGCUGUACCCAGGAUAGACAGAGCAAUAGACAGUGCAUUGGAACUGAUAGAUAGACUGCACACUGUCACACCUGUUGUACGCAAGAACACUGUCUAUUACGAGUUUAUUAUCAAUUUUGAAAAGUACAGAAAAAUUGCAGACAACUUGAUGUUUCUGCCAGACUCUUACCUGGACACAUGGGACUUCUACAGUCAUAUACAGCAGGGCAAGUAUGCUCUCAUAGACACCUGGUCAUCCAGUGUUGGUCGUAGUGUGAAGUAUGAGGGUCGUCAAGGUCAGUGUCGCUAUCAUCAGUCAAGUCAGGUGUUGAAGAGUGACCUUGAUGUUAUGACCUUUCCUCACAACUCUCUCUACAAGGACCUUAUUGACCACAAGCUGGUCCAGCUACGGUCCUUCGGUAUUAUAAACAAGUUAAGAUCGGUCCAAUUCAUGGUCCAGUGUCAGGACCAGCCAGUCCACCAGGUCCACCUGAAGUCCCUUGAUAUAUACCAGGUCAGUCCCAGGUCUCACUACCAUAUUUUAUCUUACCCUGAAUCAAAAAUGUGAGUGUCCUUUAGUUAAUGAGGGGUUUUUCUAUAUAUAUUUUUUUUCAUUUUCAGACACAGAGUGUGUUCCAUGUCAU